GCUCAGUUGCACGCACACAACCACUUCUCUUGUACGGCUGACCAAUUCAACGACUGGACAAUGGAACUACUUACAUGAUAGAGAUGAUGCAGUCUCCACUCUCUAUAUUUCUGAUUGUUGCUCUAAUAUCCUCUGCAGUAGUAUAUGCUGGCCCUAUACCAGAUGCAGAUAAACCAUUACUCCAUGGAAUACUAGGACCAGAUGAAGGACAUCUUCAUGAGAGAGAAUUGAUUGAGGAACAACGUCUAGCACCUCCAGGGGUAGCAGGAGAAGUUGAAGGACAUCUUCAUAAGAGAGAAUUGAUUGAGGAACAUCGUUUAGCACCUCCAGGGAUAGCAGGAGAAGUUGAAGGACAUCUUGAUAAGAGAGAAUUGAUUGAGGAACAACGUCUAGCACCUCCAGGGAUAGCAGGAGAAGUUGAAGGACAUCUUCAUAAGAGAGAAUUGAUUGAGGAACAACGUCUAGCACCUCCAGGGGUAGCUGGUCCAGGAACAAUGAUUCCUCCAGGAAUACCAGGAGUAAUUGAAGAAGACAGGGUUGCAGAAGACAAGCCUUCUACAGGUUUAGCUGAAGACCAUCAAAAGAGAGAAUUGGCUCUACAGCAAGAAACAGCUGGUCCAUUUGCUCAAUAAAUAUCAAUCCUAACAAUGGAAAAUGACUAUUAUUUUAAUAAUAAAAUUACAAUUAUUAUUAUUAUUAUUAUUAUGCUGCUUUAUUAAAAAUUUUUUUAUUA